GGGUAAAAAAUAAGAAUAACAAAACAACAACGUUAGAAACACAAAACCCUAAACCCUAGAAGCUGCUUCUUCUAGAAACUUCUCUUUUCCCUUCAAAAAUAAACUCUGCAGCAUUCUUCAUUCAACAAAAACACACACUUUCUGCAAUUUCUUCACUCUUCAAUUCAAUUUUCUCACUUCCAUCAACACCAUGUACCGAUUUGCUUCUUCCCUUGCCUCCAAAGCUCGAAUUGCUAGGAAUAGCACUCAUCAGAUUGGAAGUAGAGUGGCAUGGAGUAGAAAUUAUGCGGCAAAAGAGAUCAAAUUUGGUGUGGAGGCUCGAGCUUUGAUGCUUAAGGGUGUUGAAGAGCUUGCUGAGGCAGUUAAAGUAACCAUGGGUCCUAAGGGCCGUAAUGUGGUUAUCGAGCAAAGUUUUGGUGCCCCUAAAGUGACAAAAGAUGGAGUAACGGUUGCUAAGAGCAUUGAAUUCAAGGAUAAAGUCAAGAAUAUUGGUGCCAGUCUUGUAAAGCAGGUUGCAAAUGCUACCAAUGAUGUGGCUGGUGAUGGAACCACUUGUGCUACCGUUCUUACCCGAGCAAUAUUUACGGAAGGGUGCAAAUCAGUUGCAGCUGGAAUGAAUGCAAUGGACUUGAGGCGAGGUAUAAACAUGGCUGUUGAUGCUGUUGUGACAAACUUGAAAAGCCGAGCAAGGAUGAUUAGCACUUCCGAAGAAAUAGCCCAGGUUGGGACAAUAUCUGCUAAUGGUGACAGAGAAAUUGGUGAGUUGAUUGCAAAAGCUAUGGAGAAAGUUGGCAAAGAAGGUGUAAUCACAAUCGCCGAUGGCAAGACAUUGGACAACGAGUUGGAAGUUGUUGAAGGAAUGAAGCUUGACCGAGGCUACAUUUCUCCAUAUUUCAUAACAAACCAGAAGAAUCAGAAAUGUGAACUUGAGGAUCCCCUCAUUAUAAUCCACGAGAAGAAAAUCUCAAGUAUUAAUUCCAUAGUUAAAGUAUUAGAGUUAGCUUUGAAGAAACAAAGACCUUUAUUGAUUGUUGCCGAGGAUGUGGAAAGUGAUGCACUUGCAACUCUUAUUCUAAAUAAGCUUCGUGCUGGAAUCAAGGUAUGUGCGAUCAAAGCCCCUGGUUUUGGUGAAAACCGGAAAUCUGGUCUCCAAGAUCUUGCUGUUCUUACCGGAGGUCAACUUAUCACCGAAGAGCUUGGCUUGAAUCUUGAAAAAGUUGAUCUUGACGUGUUUGGCUCUUGCAAAAAGAUUACAAUUUCCAAAGAUGACACUGUCAUUCUUGACGGAGCUGGUGAUAAGAAAUCAAUUGAGGAAAGAUGUGAGCAGAUUAGGUCAGCAAUCGAAAAUAGCACUUCAGAUUAUGACAAGGAAAAGUUACAGGAAAGAUUAGCCAAGCUUUCUGGGGGUGUUGCAGUGCUUAAGAUUGGAGGAGCCAGUGAGGCUGAAGUUGGUGAGAAGAAGGAUAGAGUGACAGAUGCCUUAAAUGCAACCAAGGCAGCUGUAGAGGAGGGCAUAGUACCUGGUGGCGGUGUUGCUCUUCUUUAUGCAUCAAAUGAGUUAAGUAAGCUUCAAACUGCCAACUUCGAUCAGAAAAUAGGUGUCCAAAUUAUCCAAAAUGCUUUGAAGACACCUGUGCACACAAUUGCAUCAAAUGCUGGAGUUGAGGGUGCUGUUGUUGUUGGUAAACUAUUGGAACAGGAUAAUCCCGACCUUGGCUACGAUGCCGCCAAAGGUGAAUAUGUUGAUAUGAUUAAAUCCGGAAUAAUUGAUCCGUUGAAGGUUAUUAGAACCGCCUUGGUUGAUGCAGCCAGUGUGUCAUCUUUGAUGACAACAACUGAAGCUGUUGUGUCUGAACUCCCAAAGGACGAUAAAGACGGUCCUGCCAUGCCUGGCGGCAUGGGCGGCAUGGAUUAUUAGGCUGCUAUGAAGACCUGGAUUGGAGUGGUGCUUCACCACUAUUAUAGCCUCUCUUUUUUCUUAUUUAUUUGACAUAAGGCAUCCAUGUAAUCAUAGUGAGAGAUCAAAGCUGUAGGUAGGAGGAUUUGUGAUUGUUAUUGCUAUGAUAGAAUUGAGACAUUUGGAACAUUUUUCAUUCCAAAAUACUAAGGAAUUGUUCCCUUCAUAA